AUGGUGGCAUCACCAUCCAGGGAGGAAGCAGCUGCAGCUAGGAACAUUAAGGCAAAGCAGGAACGGCAGCAGCAGGUGGUGGCGAGCGGCGCCGACGAGCGUAAACCGCGGCCACAGCAGGAGCAGGGGCUCAACUGCCCACGCUGCAACUCCACCAACACCAAGUUCUGCUACUACAACAACAACAGCAUGACGCAGCCGCGCUACUUCUGCAAGGCCUGCCGCCGCAACUGGACUCAGGGAGGCACCCUCCGCAAUGUCCCUGUCGGUGGCGGCUCCCGGAAGAACAAGAAGAACCGCGCCGGGGGCUCAUCCUCCUCCUCCUCGGCACCACCAGCGCCAUCCUCCAGCUGCACCAACUCCAAAAAGAUGAACCUCACGCAACAACUGCUGAUGAUGCCAACUGCGAUGGCACCUAUGCCAGCCGACUUCCCCAAUGUGCUACCGACAUUCAUGUCGGCAGGCGGCGAAGGAUUCGAGCUCCCCGGCAGUGACCACCACUCUGUGCCCUUCCCGCCCUUGUCUCUGCCGUCCAACCCUGGCACAAUGCCAUCAUUACUGAACAUGCUGACAGGAGGGUUUCUAGACGGCGGGAUGGGGGCGCAGCCAUUUCUUCCAGCGCCGCCGUCGUUUGGUGCGAGGCAGCAUGAGCAUGCGAUCAUAUGUGGCUCAUCUGACCAACAGGUGGUGGGGCCCCUGCAGGGAGUGGAUAAGGCACUCAAGCCCCCUAUGGCUGCUGCUGGUGGUAGUGGGCUCCAGCAGUGGCCUUCGUCGGCAGCGCAGGAGCUGCAGGUUGUUGGUGGUGAUGGCAGUGCGUUCAACAACAACAACGGCAACAACAAUGGCGGAGGGGCAUCAGGCGGCAUCAGCGGGGUCGAGCACUACUGGCAUGGAUCAACCUGA